AUGCGUGCCUGUUCUUGCUUUUCAGAUCGACUGACUAUAUCCUACUGCCGGAGCAGCGGCCCUGGGGGUCAGAACGUCAACAAAGUGAAUACGAAGGCAGAAGUUAGGUUCCAUCUCGCAUCAGCAGACUGGAUUCCGGAAGAUGUGAGACAAAAAAUGGCAUUGAUGCAUAGAAAAAGGAUAAACCGAGCUGGAGAGCUGAUUGUGAACUCCGAAGAGAGUCGUUACCAAAUGAGGAAUUUGGCGAUAUGUUUAGAAAAGAUCAGAGGCUUGGUUACAGAAGCUACUGAGAGACCCAAGGUGGUGUCCAAGGAAACUUCCCAGCAGCUCAUAGAAAGGGUGGAAAAAAUGAAUCGUGAACGACUACGACAGAAAAGGAUACACUCGAGCGUAAAACAGAGCAGGAAAGCAGACUUCGACUGAGAAUUGCAGAGAAGUCCUUGGCAUACCAUCUUUUGCAAGAUACAAUGUUGACAACAACAGAUGAUACGCAACUCUGAGUUGCAUUAAAUAAAGCUGGUCUAAAAUGUAAAUAA